UCAGGGUCCUUCAGUCAGUGUUUCGGCAACUCUGCUUUCGUAAAAGAACACGAGCUGACUGACUUUAGUUUGAGGAACUGAACCUUGCAUUGUCUUUUGGAUACCAUUUCAUGGCUUAAAAUUGUCAUUUUCUUUCAUCAUAUUUUUCUUCAGGAGUCAUGACCUUCAACAUGAUCAGGGGGCCUCGCGCUGUCUUUGGCACUUUAAUAGGGCAGGUGAGGAGAGGUGUGAUGACCACAGGGAGCAGACGACUGUGCAGCAAGCCUCAAGAGGGGGUACCCGCACCCAACCAGGCACCAGGGCUUGGGUUUAAAGUACCAGGCUACCGACCAACAGAAUGGGAUAAGAAGAUGUUGGUGUGGUCCGGGCGAUUCAAAACCGCAGAACAGAUUCCAGAGUUUGCAUCAUUUGAGAUGAUUGAUGCCGCCAGGAACAGACUGCGUGUGAAGGCCUGCUAUGUCAUGAUGGCACUGACCAUCGUGGCAUGCCUCGUGAUGUCCGUCACUGGCAAACGGGCGGCGAGUCGGAAUGACAACCUGACCAAUCGUAACAUGGAGAAGAAGGCUCGAUGGAGAGAAGAGGCACAGAAAGAAAAGGAGGCAGCCAUUGCGCUUGCAGAGAAAGCCCAGUGAGAUGCAUCCAUCACGGCUCACAAGGCUCAUUUGGAUCAUACAACAGCCAGUUAUUUAAUGUUAAACGCCACACACCAUGGGAACUCCGGUGGACUUCCUUUGCAUAGUAAACUGAUUUUUUAGAGUAGUAUAUAAAAUAAAGAUUUUAGAUUUUCCUUGUUAUUUUUUGUAUGUAUACAUAUUAAGAAAAAAUAAAAUGGUGUCCCACUGAUA